AUGCAACACUCCCGCCCUCCUCAAGACAACAACGCAACACUCCCGCCCUCCUCAAGACAACAACGCAACACUCCCGCGCUCCUCAAGACAACAACGCAACACUCCCGCCCUCCUCAAGACAACAACGCAACACUCCCGCCCUCCUCAAGACAACAACGCAACACUCCCGCGCUCCUCAAGACAACAACGCAACACUCCCGCCCUCCUCAAGACAUCAACGCAACACUCCCGCCCCCCUCAAGACAACAACGCAACACUCCCGCCCUCCUCAAGACUACAACGCAACACUCCUGCCCUCCUCAAGACAACAACGCAACACUCGCGCUCCUCAAGACAACAACGCAUCACUCCCGCCUUCCUCAAGACAUCAACACAACACUCCCGCCCCCCUCAAGACAACAACGCAACACUCCCGCCCUCCUCAAGACAUCAACGCAACACUCCCGCCCCCUCAAGACAACAACGCAACACUCCCGCCCUCCUCAAGACAUCAACGCAACACUCCCGCCCCCCUCAAGACAACAACGCAACACUCCCGCCCCCCUCAAGACAUCAACGCAACACUCCCGCCCUCCUCAAGACAACAACGCAACACUCUCGCGCUCUUCAAGACAACAACGCAACACUCCCGCCCCCCUCAAGACAUCAACGCAACACUCCCGCCCUCCUCAAGACAACAACGCAACACUCUCGCGCUCUUCAAGACAACAACGCAACACUCCCGCCCUCCUCAAGACAACAACGCAACACUCCCGCCCCCCUCAAGACAUCAACGCAACACUCCCGCCCUCCUCAAGACAACAACGCAACACUCCCGCCUUCCUCAAGACAUCAACGCAACACUCCCGCCCUCCUCAAGACAACAACGCAACACUCCCGCCCCCUCAAGACAUCAACGCAACACUCCCGCCCCCCUCAAGACAUCAACGCAACACUCCCGCCCUCCUCAAGACAUCAACGCAACACUCCCGCCCCCCUCAAGACAUCAACGCAACACUCCCGCCCUCCUCAAGACAACAACGCAACACUCUCGCGCUCUUCAAGACAACAACGCAACACUCCCGCCCUCCUCAAGACAUCAACGCAACACUCCCGCCCUCCUCAAGACAACAACGCAACACUCCCGCCCUCCUCAAGACAACAACGCAACACUCCCGCCCUCCUCAAAACAUCAACGCAACACUCCCGCCCUCCUCAAGACAUCAACGCAACACUCCCGCCCUCCUCAAGACAACAACGCAACACUCCCGCCCUCCUCAAAACAUCAACGCAACACUCCCGCCCUCCUCAAGACAUCAACGCAACACUCCCGCCCUCCUCAAGACAUCAACGCAACACUCCCGCCCUCCUCAAGACAACAACGCAACACUCCCGCCCUCCUCAAGACAACAACGCAACACUCCCGCCCUCCUCAAAACAUCAACGCAACACUCCCGCCCUCCUCAAGACAUCAACGCAACACUCCCGCCCUCCUCAAGACAACAACGCAACACUCCCGCCCUCCUCAAGACAUCAACGCAACACUCCCGCCCUCCUCAAGACAACAACGCAACACUCCCGCCCUCCUCAAGACAACAACGCAACACUCUCGCGCUCUUCAAGACAACAACGCAACACUCCCGCCCUCCUCAAGACAUCAACGCAACACUCCCGCCCUCCUCAAGACAACAACGCAACACUCCCGCCCUACUCAAGACAACAACGCAACACUCUCGCGCUCUUCAAGACAUCAACGCAACACUCCCGCCCUCCUCAAGACAUCAACGCAACACUCCCGCCCUCCUCAAGACAACAACGCAACACUCCCGCCCUCCUCAAAACAUCAACGCAACACUCCCGCCCUCCUCAAGACAUCAACGCAACACUCCCGCCCUCCUCAAGACAACAACGCAACACUCCCGCCCUCCUCAAGACAACAACGCAACACUCCCGCCCUCCUCAAAACAUCAACGCAACACUCCUGCCCUCCUCAAGACAUCAACGCAACACUCCCGCCCUCCUCAAGACAACAACGCAACACUCCCGCCCUCCUCAAAACAUCAACGCAACACUCCCGCCCCCCUCAAGACAUCAACGCAACACUCCCGCCCUCCUCAAGACAACAACGCAACACUCUCGCGCUCUUCAAGACAUCAACGCAACACUCCCGCCCUCCUCAAGACAUCAACGCAACACUCCCGCCCUCCUCAAGACAACAACGCAACACUCCCGCCCUCCUCAAAACAUCAACACAACACUCCCGCCCUCCUCAUGACAACAACGCAACACUCUCGCGCUCCUCAAGACAACAACGCAACACUCUCGCGCUCCUCAAGACAACAACGCAACACUCCCGCCCUCCUCAAGACAUCAACGCAACACUCCCGCCUUCCUCAAGACAACAACGCAACACAACCUCGUCAAGACGUUGAUUCAUCACAAUUAACCCCACACACAAUGAUUGUGAGGACAUCAUAA